AUGGUGAAGUUCGCAGAUGAUCAAUUGGAACAACCUCUACCCAAAAAGGAAACAUGGGAGGAAUUCAAUGCGAAAAUGAAUCGUAUUCAAAUGGCCCUCGCAAAACGUGAAGCCAUCGCGGAAAACAUCCUAGCAAAAUACCCUACCGACAGACGCCGUAAGACGCAAGAAGAAAUCGACGCAGACGAUGCCUUAUGGUUUUCUACACCAGCGGGCAAUCAACCACUCAAUACCGAUCCAGCAUUUGCGAAAUACUUGAAGCCGGCAGCAGAACGUAGUCAGAAAACACUUCGCGACAAAAUGCUGCCUUCGAAAGAUUUGAGGGCUGGUAAGGCGAGGGAUGCUGAGGAGAAGGCUGCGAGUGCGAAGAGGACUAUGGCGGCUAGUAGUGAUGAGGAUGAAGGCCGAACUGCCUUGGGGAAAGCGAAGAAGCUGAAGACGAAACACAAUAGGACAAAUGGAGGGGAGGAGGAUAAACCGGGCGGCGCAUUGAUCAACAAAGCUCUGCUUGCUCAGAAUCAGGUCGAAGAAGGCAAAGAGUUGGUUAAUAAAGCGGUAUUGCUCCAGCUGGAAGAUGCAGAUGAAAGUACGGAAGUUACAUCGAAGAAGUCUAAGAAAAAGAAGAGGAAGAAGUCGAAACAGAAGAAUGCGCUGGCGGAAGAAGAUGAUGAGCAAAGUGACAUGGAAAAUAAAUCGCCUGAGGCCGUUGAUCAAAUGGAUGUGGAUGAGGAAGAUUUCAAUUUGUUCCGCAGCAAACCCAUCGAUGCGAAUCCAAAGGAUAAUCUGCCUACCGAUACCGAGGAAGCUUAUGAGGGAGAGCCUGAGACCGAGCAGGCAUCAGAUGAAGAGAGAAAGGCAAGGCAAGAAGCGAAGAAACUUUUGAAAGCCAUGAGGAAGAAAGAGCAAAAGGACAAGAGGAGAGAAGAAAGGUCGAAGAUGAACGUCGACGUCGAGGACUGA